AUGCCUUCGCGCAAACCCAGCAAGUAUGGAAACAACAAAUUCAGAUCCGGCGCAGCAUCUUCAAAUCCACGUCGAGCCAAGACCGUCGAGUUCUCCUCUCUCCGCUCCACCGAAGCAACCUCUCAGGAUGAGAAAUUCGAGGCCAUUCGGCUGGCAAACAGUAUCGAUGAAUCGCUGGGAUUUCCACGCUUCGAGUCCGGCGAGACCAGGGCUGGUUGGCUUAUCAACAUGCGCAGCACCACAAUAGAAGACACAACAGUGCCAGGUGGGCGCGCCGGUGUUGAUUAUUAUUUCCUCCAAGACGACGGAGGCAGCUUCAAGGCAACCGUCGAGUAUGAUCCAUACUUUCUCCUUGCGGUUAAAAAAGGCCAUGAGAUGGAAGUAGAGGAAUGGUGCAGACGGAAUUUUGAAGGUCUGAUCAAGAACUUCAAGAGGGUGGAGAAGGAAGACUUAGAUCUCCCAAAUCACCUCCUUGGACACCGGAGGACGUUUGUCAAGCUAAAUUUUGCUAAUGUGAGCAACCUCCUCGAGGUUCGGCGGGAACUUCUGCCUCUGGCCGAGAAAAACAAAAAAAACGCGACGGAUAUGGACGCAUAUGCUGAAAUGUCCGGUGCACCCACGGGUUUCGACCUUUUUGAUGACGAGAUAAUUAAUGAGCAACGACAUAAUGGCAACAUGCAAGCGAGUGAUUUUAUUGUUGAUAUUCGAGAGUACGAUGUUCCGUACCAUGUCCGAGUAUGCAUCGAUAAGGAUAUUCGGAUUGGAAAGUGGUACAACGUGGAGUCAAGACAAGGCGUGAUAUCUUUGAAAUGCCUUGAAGACCGACUCACACGUGCUGAUCCUGUCGUCCUCGCUUUUGACAUUGAGACCACAAAACUCCCCCUCAAGUUCCCUGACGCUGUCAUUGACCAGAUUAUGAUGAUCUCGUACAUGAUCGACGGCCAAGGAUUCCUCAUCACGAACAGAGAGAUUGUUUCAGCAGACAUCAACGAUUUCGAGUACACUCCCAGACCGGAAUACAGCGGACCUUUUGUGAUUUUCAAUGAACCGAACGAGCGAGCGGUUCUAGAGCGAUUCUUCGAACACAUAAAGAUUGUUAAACCGACUGUCAUUGCAACAUACAACGGUGACUUUUUCGAUUGGCCGUUCGUCGAGACGAGAGCGAGCGUCCAGGGAAUUGACAUGUACACGGAAAUCGGUUUUAGAAAGAACAGCGAAGACAUCUACCAAGCCGAUAAUUGUGUUCACAUGGAUUGCUUUGCAUGGGUGAACCGUGAUAGUUACCUUCCGCAGGGAAGCCGUGGUUUGAAAGCCGUGACCGUCGCAAAGCUUGGAUACGAUCCUGAUGAGCUCGAUCCCGAGUUGAUGACUCCUUACGCAAGUGAACGGCCUCAAACACUGGCCGAAUACUCUGUUUCCGAUGCUGUUGCGACAUACUACUUGUACAUGAAAUACGUGCAUCCUUUUAUCUUCUCCUUGUGUACCGUCAUUCCGCUCAACCCAGACGACACAUUGCGAAAAGGAACCGGAACUUUGUGUGAGAUGCUUCUCAUGGUACAAGCUUAUCAGCAUGAUAUUGUUCUUCCCAACAAACAUAAGGAUGCUGCCGAGGCAUUUUACGAUGGUCACCUCCUGGAUUCUGAAACCUAUGUUGGUGGUCACGUCGAAAGUAUCGAAGCUGGUGUUUUCCGAAGUGACAUCCCGGUCACGUUCAAAGUUGAUCCUACUGCAAUUGAAGAACUCAUCCGCGACCUUGACCAUGCGCUCAAGUUCAGUAUUGAGGUCGAGGAGAAGAAGUCGAUGGAUGAUGUCACAAACUACGAUGAAGUCAAAGCCCAGAUCAUGGAACGUUUACUGGAUCUGAAGAAUAACCCAAGUCGCAAUGAGGUACCUUUCAUCUAUCACUUGGAUGUUGCUUCCAUGUAUCCCAACAUCAUGAUCACCAAUCGAUUACAGCCCGAUUCAAUGAUUGAUGAGUCGAAUUGUGCCGCGUGCGACUUCAACCGGCCCGGCAAGACUUGCGAUAGGCGAAUGCCGUGGGCCUGGCGUGGUGAAUUCUUGCCUGCUAAGCGGGACGAAUACAACAUGAUUCGGAGGGCCACUACAAACGAGCGUUUUCCUGGACGACAUAAGAAUGCUCCGACGAGGGCAUUUGGCGAGCUGAGCAUCGAGGAACAGGCUGGUGUGAUCAGAAAACGACUGCAAGAUUACAGCAAGAAGAUCUACCACAAGAUUCACGAUAGUAAAACCAUUGUACGAGAGGCAAUCAUCUGCCAAAGAGAAAACCCCUUUUAUGUUGACACUGUGCGAAGCUUCCGUGACCGUCGAUAUGAUUUCAAGGGAAAACAAAAGGUCUGGAAAAACAAAACAGAGUCAUUGCAGUCAUCGGGUGCGUCUGCUGCUGAGAUUGACGAGGCCAAGAAGAUGAUUGUCCUAUUCGAUUCACUGCAACUUGCACACAAGGUUAUUCUGAACAGUUUCUACGGUUAUGUGAUGCGAAAGGGAUCUCGAUGGUAUUCCUUGGAGAUGGCCGGUGUGACUUGUCUCACGGGUGCUCAUAUUAUUCAAAUGGCGCGAGAGCUUGUUGAACGUAUUGGCCGACCCUUGGAACUCGACACUGAUGGUAUUUGGUGUAUGCUUCCGGGAACAUUCCCUGAAAACUUCUCUUUUACCCUCAAGAAUGGAAAGAAGUUAGGGAUCUCGUACCCAUGUGUCAUGCUUAAUCAUCUGGUUCACGGCAAGUAUACCAACCACCAAUACCAGUCGCUUACCGACCCGUCCACCUUCAAGUAUGAGACCUACAGCGAGAACUCUAUCUUCUUCGAGGUCGAUGGACCAUACCGAGCCAUGAUCCUGCCAACCUCAAAGGAGGAAGACAAAAAUUUGAAGAAACGAUACGCUGUGUUCAAUCACGAUGGGUCAUUGGCUGAGUUGAAGGGUUUCGAAGUCAAGCGGAGAGGAGAGCUGAAGUUGAUUAAAAUCUUCCAGACGCAAAUCUUCAAGUUUUUCUUGGAAGGCACCAACCUCGGGGAGACAUAUGCUGCUGUCGCACGAGUUGCUGAUCGGUGGUUGGAUGUUCUUUAUGAGCACGGAGCUACAUUGGCUGACGAAGAACUCAUCGACCUCAUUUCGGAAAACCGAAGCAUGUCAAAGACGCUGGAGGAAUAUGGAAACCAGAAGUCUUCACCUAUCACCACAGCGAAGCGUCUGGCAGAGUUCCUCGGUGAGCAAAUGGUCAAGGACAAAGGCUUGAACUGCAAGUAUAUUAUCUCCUCAAGACCAAGAAACACCCCUGUCACCGAAAGAGCCAUUCCUGUGGCCAUCUUCUCUGCCGAAGAGAACGUCAAACGAUACUUCCUGCGAAAAUGGCUCAAAGGAGACCCUGGCGACAUGGACCCCCGCAAUGUUAUUGAUUGGGACUACUAUCUCGAGCGUCUGGGAUCGGUUGUGCAAAAGCUUAUCACAAUUCCCGCUGCUCUGCAGAAGAUUCGGAAUCCUGUUCCUCGGGUUGCUCAUCCCGAUUGGCUACAGCGACGUAUCAAUCAGAAGGAUGACAAGUUCAAGCAGAAGAAGAUGACUGAUCUGUUCACGAAAUCGGAGAAAGUGCCCCUCUCAUCGAUAUCAGCCAAUAUACUGGAACAUCGUGUUCAACAUGUCGGUGACUUGGACGAAGCACUGGCAAAUUCAACACAGAAAGUCCAGUCGCCCGAGACCAAGGUGUCUCAGAAGAGGAAACACUCCGAAGGUCUUUCUAAAAUAGCACUAGAUCCCUUUGCUAGCCUUCCUGCAGUCAUGCCAUCAAUCACAGACGAUUAUGAGGGCUUCCUCCGAUACCAAAAGCAAAAGUGGAAGAUCCAGAAGCAGGCACGAAUUCGGCGCCGCCAAUUGUUUGGUGACCGGACGACCGUCGCUUCAGACUCCCUGGGUGGCUUCUUCCGCAACCAAGCACAGAUGCUCUACAUCAGCACCUGGCAGGUCCUGCAGUUGUGCGAAACUGGUCGCCCAGGAAUUGUGCGAGCUUUUGUGCUAAUCGAUCAGAAAAUUCAUGCACUUAAUGUCAAGGUUCCGCGACAGUUUUAUGUGAACCUGAAGCGAGAUUCAUUACCCGACAUUGAAGUGCCCGACUGUGAGGUCGAGAAGGUCAAUCACACAUUGCCCAAUGGGCACCCCUCGGUCCACCUCUUCAAGGUGUCCUUGUCCGAAGACACUUUCCUCGAGGAGGCAGACAAAAUGGACGCCCUUUUCCAGCAUUCAAGUAUCGAAGGUGUAUACGAGCGGAAUGUUUCGCCGAGUAUCCGAGCGGUCCUCAAACUGGGAAGUCAUUGCACUUUCGAUGAAGAGCAGCGUGGCGUUUUGGGUGAGGGUCUAGAGAAGGGCUUUGAUCUUGCCACAUUACUGCAUACUACCUCGGACCAACCCUACCUCAUGAAAUCACAUUUGGCGUACCAUUAUCUUUACCAUGUUGCCUCCGGAGAUAGACAAGUAUUUGCUCUGUUCUCGACAGCGACGAAUGAGGCGCAUAUUGUCAUCCUGAACCGGACAAGGGAUGUGCAAGGUAUGCCGAACGUUGACAAGAUCUACUCCGAGCUGCUUUCUCGCAAGCUACAAGAAUCUAGUGAUGAGUCGCAAAACGCCUUCCAGUACCAGGACAAGAUCCACUUCAAAACCACACAGGUGAUGACCCGGAGAAAGGCCCAUCUGGAGAUCGGCGAUUUGGUAAGAAAGCUUCGGAGCGACGAGAGCCAACCGGCCAUCCUGGUCAUCCAGUCUCAGCAGAAGGACCGCUUGUGCCACGAUAUUCCUAUACUGAAAGAGUACCCAACACUAUCUGUGAAGCCCGAAGCGUCAGAUAUGGAAAUGCCGCCACUUGGCUGGCAGUCAUUCAUUGCUAGGCGUCUUGUGACCCAUUAUUUGUAUCUUUCUGCUUGGGUUCAGCACUUGACUCUGCUGGCUCGGUACGGCGAUGUCCCUCUCUGCAAUUUGGAGACUGAUGACCCUCGGUACCUCAUUGAUAUCUCGUAUGCCAGACGGCUCCAGCAAAACAAUGUUGUCCUGUGGUGGUCAACGUCCCCGCGACCAGAUCAUGCCGGAUAUGAAAAAGACGACGUAACAGGUUCGUUGGAAGUUGUGAACAUGCCUUCUGUGAAUGUGCCAAAUGCCUAUGGGACAGUAUGCAUUGAAUUAGACGUUCGCAACCUCGCCAUCAACACAAUUCUCACUUCCUCGAUCGUUAGCGAGAUGGAUGGAAGCGAUACUCUAUUAGCUUCCGGCAAUGGAGAGGAUACCGGUGUGCUGUACUCCGAAAAGGCUUUUGCAUCUGCCGGUGCACAUGUUCUGCGAGACAUGGUCAAACACUGGUGGACUGAGGCUUGUGCCGGAAAUAGCAUGGCCGACAUUAUGGUUCAACACUUGAUUCGAUGGGUUGAGAGUCCAAUCUCAUGCCUUUAUGAUCGAUCUUUGCACAACUAUGUUCGGAUGCUCUCACGCAAAUCGUUCCAGAGGUUGAUGGCGGAGUUCCGACGGGUUGGCUCCAAUGUUGUCUUUGCCAGCUCCACACGACUCUUACUUCAGACCACCAAGACCGAGGUAGGCAAUGCCUACGCAUACAGUCAGUAUGUUUUGAAAUCGAUUCGGGCGAAUCCUUCAUUCCAUUUCAUUGAUCUCGAGAUCCGGGAGUACUGGGACUAUCUUCUGUGGUAUGAUGAGUAUAACUACGGUGGCAAGGGCUGUCGUGAAGUAGUUGAGGCCGAGAACCAAGACCUUGAGACUGUCAUGCACUGGCAACUCAAUCGAUUCCUGCCGGCGCCCAUGCAGACCAUCUUCCACGACUGGGUUGUGGAGUACAUCGAGUUGAUGCAUUCCUUCAAACGCCCCGAUCUCCAGGAUGGCAAUAUGUCCUCUACACCACGCAUGACCCAAAUCCCCAUCGGCCAACCCAGCGACAAAGAGAGUGAAGAGAUCACUGCUAUCCUCGCGGAACGAUUCUCCAAGCCUCUGAAGAAGCAGAUCUCCGGCCUGAUUCGCCGCCAGCGUGAUGAAAUGCUACACCCCGAAUUAGCAUCCGACUAUGCCUUCCCAAUUCUCCCGGGUGUUCUAGUCGAUCCCGCCAAUGACAAACGCAAUCCUUCACUAGAGCUGGUGAAGCUGCUGAUGCAGGUUCUGAGUCUGUCGAAGAUUACCACACUCGAAUCUCGACUGUUGCGUCGCGAGUUGCUGGCACUCUUCGAGGUGCGCGAAUUCAGCAAGGAAGGCCGAUUUGAGAACCCCAGCACCAACCUGAAACUGACGGAAUUAACAUGUAACGCCUGCUGUCUCAUCCGUGACCUGGACCUGUGCCGCGACGAAGACGUGCUGCCCGACCCAGAAACCGAUAACAAGACCCCCAAACCAUGGCGUUGCCCCUUCUGUCAGACGGAGUAUGACCGUCUUGCACAGGAGGAAAUGCUUAUUGGACAGGUACAGGGUCUUGUGGUGGAAUGGCAGACACAGGAUCUCAAGUGCUCCAAGUGCCACAAUGUACAGAUCAGUGAAUUCAUGGAACACUGCUCUUGUAGUGGUAUCUGGGAACCAACUAUUGAUCUCAAAGAGACGAAGAGGAAGUUGGAAGUGUUACAAAGUGCAGCCAAAUUUCACAAUCUGCAGUUGUUAGAGAACGUGGUUGACAGUGUGUUGACCCGGAUGUGA